GGGACCCGACGCGCGGCAGUCACAAUUGCGAUACCGGGCCGUACACCGCGCCGUUCCGCGACUCGAUGACGAUUUUCAAUGAUAACAUUAUUAUAGUAUUAUAAUAUUAUUAUUGUUUUAUUAAGCUUCUAUUUACAUCACAAUAAUACCGUUUCGUUUAUUUCCGUGCGACUUCUUCCUCACCGCCCGCAUCGCGACGCGUAUCCGUUACUGCGUUACUGUUUUCUGUUUUUCAAUAAUAUUAUACUUCUUAAUGAUUAAUUUUUCUCUCAACUCGCCCACAUUAUUAUAAUAUUAUAUUAUACUAUCAAUGUAUAGUAGUGUUUCGUUAUUAAUAUUAUAUACCAUUGUGUUUUUUAUGAUAUAAUAGUUUAAUUUAUUUUUUAAUCAAUAUCGUUGUAUUUAUAUUAUAUUGUAAUAUUUCUGUAUGCGAUUGACGGCCAAUAACAUGGCUAGUCCGAAGACUAACAAUACUAAACACUUAACCAUUACCGCAGUUGCGUUUAAAUUUUCAAAUCUCUGACACCGUUCAAAUCCGAUCGUGUUGAUUCCGUCAUACAUCAGAUACUGAGAUGGCAUUAUUAGUGGAAUCACGGUCGUUUCGGCCGUUCAAGUCCAGUGAAGAAUAUCUUUACGCUAUGAAAGAGGAUUUAGCUGAAUGGCUGAAUGGUUUAUAUCCUGAGCUCUACAUAAACGUAAAUAACUUCAUGGAUAGACUUGAUACCGGCGUGGCUUUGUGCAAGCAUUCAAACUGUGUAAGGAACUAUGCAGAGGAACACGUGAAUCGAAGGCAAGCGGCUGGGAAAUCUAAUAUAAGCGGCAUUGCGAGCAUAGUUCUUCAAUUACCAGCUGUACGAUAUUUACCCGGCGCUAAAGGUGGUACGUUUUUUGCUAGAGACAAUGUUUCCAAUUUCAUAAAUUGGUGCAGAAACGGACUUGGCGUGUUCGAGUGUUUGCUGUUUGAAACAGAUGAUCUUAUAAUGCGAAAAAAUGAAAAACACGUGAUAUUGUGUUUAUUAGAGGUCGCUAGACGUGGUGCUAGAGUUGGUGUACCAGCUCCGAUGUUAGUACAAACUGAGUUAAGACAGAUUGAUCGGGAAAUCGCUGCAGAUAAAAAGUAUGCUCAAUUUUCACAAGGAACUGACUUCAAUGAUGGCGACGAUACAGAUUUGAGUGACGGCGAAGACCUAACUGAAUAUGCGCCAUUGCCUCAAAUUGUUACUAACGAUUUAAAAAGUUUAGAUGAAAUGGUACGGGAUCUUGUGGAGAGGUGCAAGUGUCCGACCCAGUUCCCAAUGAUCAGAGUGUCCGAAGGAAAAUACCGUAUCGGCGAUACUAAAGUCUUGAUAUUUGUCAGGAUACUGAGGAGUCACGUUAUGGUCAGAGUGGGCGGAGGCUGGGACACACUGUCUCAUUACUUGGACAAACAUGACCCGUGCCGAUGCAAAACUGCUCAUCGAGCCCCGGUGUCUGCGAAACUGACGGGUGUCAGGAGCGGCGGGCCCACGUUGGAAAUAUCGCACGCCCAAGUACACUACGAAAGAUCACCGCCGAGAACACGACGCUCGUCCACGUCCAGCACGGGCAGCAGUGGUAAUGGCGGUUACUCCGGCGGCCUGAGCCUGACGUCGGGAGGCCUAGCCACGGCCAAGCGGGCGAGCCGCCGUCGGAGCCGAUCGCCGUCCCCGCGACCGACUGCCAAACUGAGUGCGCCCGUGGACGCGGGCCGCCGAAGCAGGAGUCCCACUCCUCGGCGGGCCACCGACCACUUGGCCGUGGCUAACGCGGGCUGCAGGUCCAGGUCGGUGACCCCCAGCGGGAGACGUACACGGCGGUCAGCGUCACCUUCGUCCGCAGCCGUUAACGGCGGUGGCGGUGAACGUCUGUUGCAUGUGCCAAACGGACAGCGACAGUCCUGCAACGACCGAAGCCGUUCGCCGUCGGCGGCGCGCCAGCGAAGCGGAGUGGACGACACGCCGACGCCGAAGAUAUCGCUGAACUUCACGUCAGAACUGGCUGCCGAGUUGGGCGAUCGGCUACAACGAUCUUCCAGAGAAUCGUCCGUGGACAUAGUACAGCAGCGCGAGACCGGAAAAAUGGGUGGUGGCCGGAACGGCGGUGACGACUGCGACGACGAUGACUGCGACGAUGACGACGACGACGAUGAUGACGUGACCGUGGACACAUCGUCCACGUGCCGGGUGUCGGAUAACUUCCGUGGCACCGGACAGUACCACGUGCUAAACCCCAUGCCCGUGACGGCCAUCGGCGAGAGGCGGCACUCGACCGUCAGGGAGGAAGAGUCCGCGGUGGACACGACGCCGUUCAGCCGCGUGUCGGACAGCCUGAGGGUGGCCGCAUACGAUAGUCCGCCAUCGGCUGGCCGCAAAAAGUCGCAAACGGCCCGCGGGGACGCGAAGAAGUCGGAACCGGUGGGCACGGACAGCGGAUCGGAAGUGUCGGACGAGGGCUACAGGAGCCUGGGAGUGGUGGCUUCGCCGCCGUUCAACUCUAACGUGAAACACGUGCAAAAAUCAAACGGCACGCCACCAGUGACGCGAGUGACGCGGCCACCGCGAAGUCGUUCGGCGGGCGGAAAGGAUACGCCUAGCCCGCAACAGUCGCCGUUCCGCCGGAAUCGUUCCACUACCCAAUCGUCGAGACACCAGCAGCCAGCACCAGCGCCGGCGUUCGGACGGUCACAGACGCCGACGCCGAGCCGCCGGUCACCCGCACCGUACGCGGACGGCAGCCACCACCAACCGCCGUUUUCGACGUCGUCGACGCCGGCCACGCCGCUGUUGGGCCGGAACAACACGUGGAACGCGGCCGGUGGCCGGCACUGGUCGUCCAAACAGCGGCCGCAACUGUCGGCCGACACGUUCUGCCAACAGGUGGCCGACAUCAUCAACCGGUACGCAGUGAUGGCGCCCAGUCCUCGGAAAGACUCGAAACCCGAUUCGCCGAUCGUCACCAGGAUACCGGCGCCCGUCCAAAGGACUUGAUCGUUUAUCGUUGUCGUCCUCGUCGAUCGUAACGACGAGUCCGCCGCGGUUGAAUCGUCACCGCGAAGGGGCAUGGUGGAGGGGAAAACCUCUUGUUUAAAAAAAAAAAUAAUAAAUACUCCGUACGCGUUUUGGUUUUUCGCCCCGCUUGAGACAAGUCCGUGGUGGUCAGCAAAUAUAUUAACAAAAUUGUAUUAUUAUCGAAUUUGUAUGAUAAUAUUAUUGUUGUGACGCGAUUUAGACAUCUGCUGCUGCACCACACCGGACACGCGAUAAUAAUAAUAGGUCUUUUUAUUCGGAACGACGACGACGAUGACGAUAAUGACGUGACGACGAAUAUGAUAUUAUUAUGUUUAUGUAUAUAAAAAAAACGUUUAAUUGUUAUUGCGAUUGCGCUAUCGUUUUAUGUGUUGUUUUUUCUGCGAUCGGAUUAUAUUAUUAUUUAGGUAAUAAUAUAAUUAUUAUCGUCGUGCGCAUAUUAUAUUUAUUAUUUAUUGUACAUCGUUAUAAUAUGAUUAUUUAGGUGCGUAAAUUAAAAAUAUUAUUUUGUUGUUAUGUGUUUGUCGACGAUGGCAGACGGGGAAGACAAUAUAUUAUGCUUUUCUCGCGCGAACGAAUGGUGCUAAAAACCGACCUUAAUUAGUGUUACGAUUAUAAUAAUAUUUAAUAUUAUCGUCAUGUGGGUACCCCUACCUACGAUAAUAUUGCAAUAUUAUCAAGGGCUGACGCAGUGGCAAACUCGUGAUUUCUUAUUUUCAGAGGGGUCGUAACCGUGAAAACACUGCUUCUUACUCCCAUAUAGCGAAAUCAUUAAAUAAUCUUUAAAAAAAAUAUAUUCAGGGGUGUGUUGUACACGACCCCUUGCCCUCCCUUACACUUUCGCGUGCGUCACUGGGUUAGCGUGUGUGUAUUAGUUAUCAUUAUUAUUAUAUUAUUAUUAAAUAUUAUAUUAUUAUUAUUAUCAUUACCACCAUUGUAAAUUAUAUAUAUAGCGUAUCUUGUGUAUAGGUAUGCUUAUAUAAUAUUUAUGUAUAUUAUUAACGCCGACUGUACGAUUUUUGUUAGAACACGAUCUUCAUAUAGAAUCUAUCUAUAUUAUAGAUAUGUAUGUAAUAUAUUUAAAUAUUAUGAAUGUAUAAUAAAAUAGUAUAUACAUAUAGAUAUGGGGUAAAUUUACAAUGACUAAUUAAUAUAUUAUGUUUUAUAUUAUAAUAAUAUAGGUCUGUAAUUGUUUGUAAUAUCUAUAUAAGUGUAGGUAAAUAUAAUACGGAUGUGUGCGCUAUUGUUGAUAAUAGUCGUUUCAAAUUGUGAACUCGUGUACCUAUAUGCAAUGAAAUAUUAUAUAGUAUUAUCCUGCCGUAUCGACACACAUCAUAUAAUGUAUUAUUACAUAAUAUUAUAUCAUAUAGACAAUUUAUUACAUACAUAUUAUAUAUAAACAAUGCAUUAUAUUCUAAAUUAGCUAAAUAUACUAACAAAAUUGUUAAGGAA